AUGAGAAGCAAAUCCAUCUUAGCUGGUGCCGUUAAUGUUCCAAUUGAACCAACAUCAAAUGUUGACUCACGAACGACAAACAAUAUUGUCAUAAAGAACUAUAGUUCAGAGUGUUUGAAAGAAAAAGAACCAGAACUUAAGUCGGGACCUUCGGUCUUGGAGCAUGGCGCCGUGAAUUUAAACUCAGCUUCAAACGCUAACGCUACAUCAGAUGUUAAGUUAGAGUAUCCACCACUGGACCAAGUUCUUUCAAGAGAAGCCAACUACAAUCCUUACACAAAUGUUUUCCAAGAUAUCCAUAAACCAAGCAUUUGGUGUUGA